AAUUGAAAUACCUCAUCAACAGAAAGAGAAUAUUUUCGACAUUUUAGAAUUUGAGAAUAAGUCGGCAAAUUCAAUUUGCGAAGACAAGCACCACAUGAUGCGGGCCGCGGGCGUCCCGGUCCGGGGGCCAAUUACGGACAAGGAGACCACGCUCUUCUCCCUACCAAUGCGGGUCCUUCCCCUCGUCCUCGCGCUGCAUCUGGCGCAAACUUUCGCUUCCCCAGUCCAGGCCAACCUGCGGGGAACCAAAUCGGGUGUCGGUCCGGACUCGCCCGCUUCGGCGCCAACCUCUGCGUUGCAGGAACCACCGAAGCAACGCAACAGCAAGUUUUUCGGCUUCAUGGUGCGGCAGAACGUGAACUUUCUGGAAGCCGGUUUUUCCCCGCAGCACCUCGCGCUGACGAACAGCAUGCUGGCGGACAAGCGGAACGGCGCGACUUACGACGAUCGCGCGCAAACUGUCAUCGCCACGUACGAAUCCGGCCUGUUUGACGAGUUUUUGCGGAACGACCGGAACCAGGACUACCAACUGGACCGCGGCGAGUGCCCCAUGUUGCACAUCCCCCCGGGCGGCUUCGGGUUGGACAUCAGCGCUUUUGCCAAGUCGUGUACGGAGAAGAUCGAGGCGUCGUUUCUGCAAACCGGGGUCGGGGUCGACGGGGAAAGCGGUGCGGCCGCGAGUACGGAGGUCGCGUCCAGCGGGAACUCGUUUGUGCAGACGCAGCGAUUGGAGUUACCACAGUGGAUAUCGUGCUGCCUGUGGCCGGAGGAGGCCGUCGCGGAGGAGAAGAAUAAUGAGUAUGUCUUCAUCAAUAUCUUGAGAGUGUGAAAGUGAAUCUUAGAAAUCUGCAUCAUGUGACCCGCAACCACACCCACCAUAUCAAUGAAUUUAGGUUGCGGACAGAUACCCGUCAUAUCCUGUGUAAAAACGUACCCGCUCUAUAGUCAUGCUAGUCGGUGUCGGACGAGCAUGAGACUUGUUAGAAUUACACAAUUCCGGGACUUUUCGAAGCCACGCACGACACACUUCGGCCCGCAGCUUUGUCGUGACUGGCUAGCACAGUCACAUCCCAAAUCCGCGGCGUCAUCCUGAUUUAUUAGAUCACACCAAAGGAAAUGCCUGGGAUAGAUAGUGAGCCGCAUGAUGGAGCUCCGGCACAUGCGAGAUUUGCCUGACAAGUCGGGGCGGAGUACGUUUUUGCUCAGGAUACAUACCUCCGACGAGUACCGUUGGGAGGACGUGGGAAACAGGGUAUGGCAAGACGAAAAGGGAUUUUUCGCGGAAGAGGGGCCGGAAGAAGGGGAUAUUUGGGUAAGUGUUGUGCUUUGCUGCUUCAUUUUUCUCGUCACUUCUAUCGUUGCCACCGUCGUCUAUUGUGAUGAUGGCGGAGGCGGGCCACAUGUCCACGUCAACCAAAGUACAGAAGCUCGGUCGUGAUUUAGCGGGCAAAGUAGUGCUUUUCUGGGUGCUCCAGAUUGCCGGCCACCAUAGAUAAAGUGCGUGACAAGUUGGCCAAAAGAUUGAGCCGAAGAUCGGGCACAGCGAUCGGCUCGCGCCGCCAAAAUAAGGCAGCACCAACGUAGCUCGUAGACCGCCAGGAGAAUACUGCGCCGCUCACCACAUUGCGAGCGCGACCACGAAAAGGAAAGGGGGGGGACGCCUCCUACAAUGUGUCAAAUCUACAUGCGCGCGAGAGGCCCCGCGAGGGGCCACAGCAGUAACACGAAACUGCGAUCGAGACGGCCUUCCCGACCCCGCGCCUGGCCGAGCGCACAACGCACAGCAACUGGGUCGGGAUCAGACGAAACAGCACACUCCGGACGCGUCCCCGGAGCCAGGGCGCUGAAACGUUGAGCCUCGCACAGUUAGUCCAUGCGCGCGCGAGGACUGAGAGCUCGAGUGUCCUCUCAUUUUGACUUCUCUGUUGAACCAAUAGGAUUGUAGUCUCGCGAGAUCUUCUCGCGAAUAAGUUGUAAGUUGUAAAUUGUAUGGCGCUGACGCAUGCACGUUUGCCUGAGCAACCCUCCCUCCAGGUGCGCUAGCUUCUCCACGGGAAACUUCUACAGCUUGUAUGCUUGUAGCGUUAACGGACUGACUAAGGCCUCUCAACACCCCACUGCGGGGCAGAUUUUGGAAAGAUGAACUGCACACGAGAAGCACCGAGGUGCAUUACAAGUUGAGCACUACUUUGAUUCUUAGUGCUGCUCGGAUUCGUGUUGACUUUCUUUUGCGUUUCGCUUGUCUUUGGGUAUCGUUGGAGUAUUCAGGUGGGAAAGACACCAACCGUCAAAAUCAGGUUGUUGGUGGAGCAGGAUCCACAUUUGAAGAAGACCAUGCUAAAGCACAAGCUGAAGCAAAACGCCAAGCAAAACUCGACGCGCUCCGAGAAAAACUGCAGAAAGGCGGAGCAGCGUCGAUGUUCAGGAACCCCCCCCAAUUAAGGGACGAUGUGCAGGGAUCAGGGGCACACUGUAAAGCACGUCUUGACUGAAGACGAGUGGACUCGCCUUGCACUGCGCUCAAAGAGGCAUGUGAGAGGGGAUGCAUUGUCCUACGAUUGGAGAAUCGUCAUACUGGUGGAAUGUGGUACACAUAAGCGAAAACAAAAUGAAACCUGCUCCGAAGCAAUUGCAGCGAAUCAAGUUGCACAUGCAGAAUGCCGAGCGAAAUGGUGAAUAAAAUGAAUUGUGACUGCUCCCUGCACUGGCAUUCCCUGUUCACGGUGAGAAGACACAGAUUGCAACCAUCAUGGGCGGACCGCAUGACCCGCGCACUGACAGUCUACUCCUUGUCCUGUUCACUGCACAACUCGCGGCAUCCGAGAGUUUACACAAGCGAGGUG